AUGGAGCCUGACCCAAAACCUUCCAGCCAGUCCCAAAUCGACCUGCUGGCCCCCAUAAGAUCCAUGCGAAAAGACUCUCGAUACAGCUUUACUGCACCGUCAGCCGAUUCCGUCAUGACCAGCAUGGACAAGCUGCAAUCUAGACAUGCCAGAAUCACGUCUGCUACGAAUAUGAGUAACGCUUCGUCGUCUACUGGUGUUGGAUCUUCGUCACCUUCCACGUCGUCAUCGCCGCCGACGAAUAUACCAGUGUUGCGUCCUGAUGGAGGAUUGGGUGUUGAUCUGGAUGGGAUAUUUACGUCGCUGACUCGUGUUUUUGGGUUUCAGGGAGAUUCGGUGGCUAAUGUGCGUGAAUACCUGAUGUCAAUGCUGGAUUCGAGGGCUAGUCGGAUGGGGUAUGAGAAUGCGGUGAAGAGUGUGCAUGCUGAUUACAUUGGGGGAGAGAAUGCCAAUUACAAACGCUGGUACCUCUCAAGCUCACUUGAACACGAACCUGUAUCGAACUCUGAUCAGAACCGUCCAGCUUCUCGAUUGAUAUGGGGCAGUCACGUGUCGUUGGAAACAUCUACGCUCAGCUCGUAUGCUUUGGACUUGGAGGAUCAAACUCCUGAACAGAUUGCCGAGUUGGCUUGGAGACGUCAUAUGAGAUCCAUGUCACAAGAGGAACGAUGUCGUCAACUGGCUCUGUGGCUGUUGAUUUGGGGUGAAGCCGCCUCCAUCCGCCUCAUUCCAGAAGCUCUAUGCUUUCUAUUCAAACUCGCUGAUGACUUUAGCAGCAAUUCUGCCACUACAGUCGAGUUUCCUCCAGGCACUUUUCUCAACGAAGUCAUAAAACCAUUAUACGAUUUCCUCAGAAACCAAACAUACAAGUUUGUGGACGCAAAGAUGGUCAAGAAGGAGAAAGAUCAUGAUCGAAUAAUAGGAUAUGAUGAUAUGAAUGAAACCUUUUGGAGUCGUGAUGGCAUCAAUCGUUUGAUUCUCAAAGAUGGCAAGACACGUCUUUUGGAUUUGCCUGCUGGUGAACGAUACGUGUCGCUCAAGGAUGUAGAUUGGAAGAGGACGUUUCGAAAGACGUUUUAUGAACGUAGAAGUGUGUUGCAUGUACUGGUCAACUUUGGACGUGUAUGGAUUUUACACCUCGGUCUCUUCCUAUUCUUCUUGACAUUCGCUGCAGGUCCAUUAUAUUCUCCAUCGCUCCAAGACUCGACUACAGAUCCUUCAUCAUCUCUGUCACCAGAUGGCUUGUCUUCGAUGGAUCAAACGGAUGAUGGAUUAGACGUGACUGAUCUGCAUCCUGAAGUAUUUAGAUGGGCAGUUACUGGCUUUGUUGGAGGAGUUGGAGUAGUACUCUUCUCGCUCUUUAGCACUAUCGUUGAGGCUUCCUUUUUACCUUGGAGGUUGAAGUUUUUCAAAAUCUUUGGACGUCGUUUUGGCUUCUUGAUGGUCCUCUUAGUCGCCAACAUAAUCCCACUUCCCUACGUCCUCCUCAUCACCCACCAAGACUCGAUAGCCGCAACACUCGCAGCUGUUCAAGUAAUCAUUGCUGUCGCCACAUUCAUAUAUCUAGUCUGUACACCACCUAGCAACCUAUUCGUCUCUUCAACUCGCCAAAGCUUGCAGCCAACAAACACCACCUUCACAGCAAACUUUGCGCCAUUGAAACCAACGGAACGUGCCAUGUCGCUUAUGCUUUGGGCUUGUAUUUUUACAUGCAAGCUCAUCGAAUCUCUGCUGUUUUUGAUGUUACCUGCAUCGAAACCGAUGCGAGAGUUGGCGUCUAUACCUUGGGAAGAGUGUGGUGAUAAGGCGUUAUGGUGUCGUGGACUCGUGUAUUUGACUUUGGCGCUAUUGGUGGUGUUGUUAUUGAUCUUGUCUUUCUUGGAUUCGUACAUGUGGUGGAUUUUAUUCUCUACUAUAUUUGGUGCCAUUCGUGCAUUUUGCUCUGGAUUGUCGAUUCUGGCACCGUGGAGGAACAUCUUCUCUCGAUUACCUGAUCGAAUAUAUACAAAGGUGUUUGCAACCAGUGAAAUGCGAUAUAGAGUCAAACCCAUCCUCCUCUGCUCUCAACUUUGGAAUGCCAUAGUCACAUCCAUGUUUGAAGACCACCUGAUCUCUAUAGAGAAUCUCGACAAGCUGCUCUAUCGACAGUAUCCAAUGGAAAACAACCCGAAAACAACUCGUAUAGAGAAACCAAAGUUUUUCAUCUCUCAAGAAGACAUUUCAACAAAGACGGAAUUCUUUCCCAAAGGAAGUGAAGCUGAACGUAGAUUUACGUUUUUUGCUCAGUCUUUGUCAAUGGUGUUUCCUGAACCAACAUCGGUUCACCGAAUGCCUUCAUUCUCAGUCCUGACUCCGCACUUUUCAGAGAAGAUACUGCUGCCACUGAAGGAGAUUGUUAUGGAACAAGACCCAUCUUCUUCUGUUACGCUACUCGAGUACUUGCAAAGUUUGCAUCCUUUUGAAUGGCAAAAUUUCGUGAAGGAUACAAAGAUGUGGAUUGCUGAGAAUCCGUCACGACAUGCGGAUAUAGAUGUUUUUCACGAUCAUGAUUACAAGGACAAGGUAGAUGAUAUUCCGUUUCAGACUUUUGGAUUCAGAGACUCCAACCCUGAGGGUAUAUUGAGAACUAGAAUAUGGGCUUCUCUCAGGUCGCAGACUCUUUACCGUACUGUUUCUGGGUUCAUGAACUAUGCAAACGCUCUCAAACUCCUACUACGCAUCGAGAACUCGUCAGAACUCAUGGCUUCAGUCGGCUCAAAUCCAUCAGACAUUGAAAAGGAAAUCGAUCGAAUCGUCGCAUCAAAGUUUAGCUUUGUCCUCGCCAUGCAACGAUUCGUCCAUUUCACGAAUGAUGAGCAGGCUGAUGUCAAAUUGAUGCUCAAGAUAUAUCCUGGUCUCAAGAUUGCGUAUAUUGAUGAAGUCGUGGAUGAGACUGUUGAGGAUGGGGGGAAAAGGUACUAUUCUGCAUUGAUUGAUGGGUUUUGUCAGGUGAAUGAGAACGGUCGUAGAGUACCAAAGUAUCGUAUUGAGCUUCCUGGAAGUAUCAUUCUUGGAGAUGGAAAAUCCGACAAUCAAAAUCAUUCCAUCAUCUUUACGAGAGGUGAAGUGGUUCAAUUGAUUGAUAGUAACCAGGAUCAGUAUAUUGAAGGUCCAGUACAACAUGUUUUGAAUUCUAAGUGUCUCAAAAUUCGGUCUGUAUUGGCGGAAUUUGAACCUCCAGUUGCCACUCAGUAUUCAAGUCCACCUCCAGUGGCUAUUGUUGGUGCUAGAGAACAUAUCUUUAGUGCUCGUAUUGGUGUUCUUGGAGACGUUGCUGCUUGCAGAGAACAAACAUUUGGGACUAUUGCUCAACGUGUUUCUGCGAAAUUGGGAGCUCGCUUGCAUUAUGGUCAUCCUGAUUUUUUGAACUCAAUAUUCAUGACUACACGUGGUGGUGUCAGUAAAGCACAACGUGGACUUCAUGUCAAUGAAGAUGUGUUUACUGGAAUGACUGCUCUGCAAAGGGGUGGAAGAAUCAAGCAUACAGAGUAUAUGCAAUGUGGAAAAGGACGAGAUUUAGGCUUUGCUUCCAUUCUCAAGUUUGUGGCAAAGAUUGGUGGCGGGAUGGCUGAACAGCUGUUGUCUCGAGAGCACUAUUAUCUUGGAAGUAGAUUGGCUCUCCACAGGCUGCUUACAUUCUUUUACGCACAUACUGGAUUCCAUAUGAACAACGUCUUUAUCAUGUUAUCCAUCCAACUCUUCCUGAUAUUUAUGGCUUGUCUAGCUGCCCUAUCUCUCACCUUCACACUGUGCUCUGCUGAUGGAACGACCCCUUCAUCAUCAUUAUCUCCAGAUGAUUCAGAUGGUGGUAGCCUUGCUGAUGGCACAUCACCCACAACGUGUAUCAAUCUCGAAUCUACACUCACAUGGACACGACAAGCGGUAUUUGCCAUUGUCGUAGUCUUUGCCCUCAACUUUCUACCACUCUUCACACAACUAUUGACUGAAGUUGGUAUUCUCCCUGCCAUAACACGAUUGUGUAAACACGUCAUGUCGCUGUCACCUCUGUUUGAUGUCUUUACGACUCAAAUGUAUGCACAUACGCUACUAUAUGAUCUCAUAUAUGGACGAGCUGGAUACAUCGCAAGUGGUAGAGGAUUUGCUACUGCUAGAGCAAGUUUCAGCAGUCUCUUCCAAGCAUUUGCAGAUCCAAGUCUCUAUUUUGGUAUCAGACUCUUUUUGAUUCUAUGCUUGAUCACUGCUACUUUGAAUCUUGGAGGGUAUCUGGCAUUCUUCUGGUUGAUGGUGCUGCCUUUGUGUAUCUCACCCUUCCUUUUCAAUCCACACCAAUUUCGGCUCAAGGAUUUCAUACUGGACUUCAUGAAUACUUUAAGAUGGCUUGGAUCUGGUAAUGUCAGGUCUACAAGUGAUUCUUGGGUUGCCUUUCAUGCUCGUCAACGUGUGCAAAUGAUUGGAAAUACGAGGACGAGAGGAACUCAAUCUGGACUCAACAGAGCACGAUGGAGUGCAAUCUUUUGGCAAGAUAUCAUAUCACCCAUCGUCACUGCCGCUAUCUUCAUAUGUGCAUACGCCGUCGCUGGAAAGUCCAUAAUGCGUAUUUUGGCAGUCAGCUUGCUUCCAUGCCUGCUGAAUGCGGGAUUGCUUUUUGCACUCUUCCCUCUAUCUUGCAUUCUGGGACCUCUUGUUGCAAUGUGCUCUGAAGGAUGUUUGCCAAUGACAUUGGCAAAUAUUGCUCAUGGUUGGGCAGUUGUUACUUUAUUGUUGGCAAUGGUUAUUCAAGGAUUGCUGGGUGGUGAUCUGGCGCUGUUGCUGUUGGGUUUGGUGGUGGUAUUGUUGGUUCAAAGGGCUUUAUUUCGUAUUGUGACUGUAACCCUCAUAACACGAGAAAUUCAUCAUGGUGGAGCUUCACUCGCAUGGUGGUCUGGAGCUUGGUACUCCAACAAUCUUGGCUAUAGGGCCAUUAUUCUCCCAGCAAGAGAAUUCAUAGUCAAAGUACUUGAACUCUCCUCAUUUGCUGCUGAUUUUUGGGUUAUCAUGCUGCUACACUUUUUGAUGCUGCCAAUAUGUCUGAUACCAUACGUAGACCGUCUGCAUCUUUUGAUGCUUCUUUGGACACUUCCAAAGCAAACAUCUGCUGCAUUUCCGGUGGUCACAGCAAGCCAAAAGUCACGUCGUAAAUGGUCAUUGUGUUGUGGUUGUUUGGUUCUUGCUAUUUUGUUUGUAGUCUUUGUCGUAAUCUUUAUUGCUCCAGUCUUGGCUGCCUCAUCGAUGGGACCCAACUUCAUGAACAAGUUUAAGUUGCCAAUUUGA